CUUUUCUGCAGGUCAUGAUCAUAAAAUAAGAAAAUUCUAAGCCUGCGUAAAUGGGUGGUGCAACGUCUUCAAUAGCAGCCAAACUUGCAUUCUUCCCACCGGAGCCAUCAUAUAAAGUAGAAGUGAAUGAACAGACUGGAAAAUGUAGACUUACUGGCGUUCCUCAGAGUGAGAAAGGGGAAGUGUCAAUGUUACAUACGAAGAGAGGCCACAUAAUAUUUGCAGUGUACUUGAAACACACUUCUGCUUCAUUGACAGUGCUCUACUCCCAUGGCAAUGCUGCUGAUAUGGGCCAGAUGUUCAAGUUCUUGACUGAACUCAGUGAUCAACUUGGUGUCAAUGUCAUGGGGUAUGAUUAUGCUGGAUAUGGACGGUCUACUGGAGAGCCAAGUGAGCAGAACACGUAUGCUGACAUAGAGGCUGCAUACACAUGCCUGAAAGAUAAAUAUGAAGUCAAGGAGGAAGAUCUUAUAUUGUAUGGGCAGUCAAUUGGGAGUGGACCAACUCUGGAGUUGGCUCUGAAAUUGCCUCAACUGAGAGCUGUGAUUCUUCAGAGUGCAAUUCUCUCUGGCCUUCGAGUCAUGUACAGUAUGAAGCGAACACUUUGGCUAGACAUUUACAAGAACAUCGAUAAAAUUCCAUUUAUCGCCUGUCCAGUUCUUAUAAUUCAUGGUACAGAAGAUGAAGUUGUGGAUAUAUCCCAUGGGAAGCGGCUCUGGGAGCUAUGUAAGGAGAAGUAUGAACCUCUGUGGCUUAUUGGAGGAAAUCAUUGUGACUUACAAAUCUUCCCAGAAUUCUUUAGGCAUCUCAAGAAAUUCAUAUCAGCUGUUGCAAAAUUGCCGCGUCUUCAAAUUAAUGACUUAGAACAAACUCUAAAUCAAACAAAAAAUCCUUCAGACAUUGCAGGCCAAAUUGAGAAGUCCAGACCAGGUAUUCACCAGAGGGAGAAGGCUAGGGCUAGCACCGGACAGAGAGAGAAGUCUAGGCCAAGCAUGGAUAACAGAGAGCAACCAAGAAGCAGUGCUGACAAGAGGGAAAAAUCAAGAAAGAGCAUGGAGAAUUAUUGGAAAGCAAGGAAUAGCACUGAUCAGCCAGACCGAGGGAGAAACAGCUUUGAUCGUUUAGGAGACAUGGUGAGAUCAGUAGCAUUGUGCAAUGUUGAUUGUUUGAAGCAGACAGUUUCAGAGGACACGCAUGACAGAUAAAAACAAUGGUCAGAGUCCAAUUGUGCUGCAGUUUGGUUUUCCUUUUCUUUGGUUGAUUUCCAAUUUUUCUGACAAAUGUCUUGCCUAAUUGAUGUCCUACUGAUCUCCUUCCCCAUCC